GGGCGUGUUUUCAUCUCUUAUCUCUUAGCUGACUUGGGCGAAGAGACACCUGAGAGCCCGGAGGGGAGGAAACGCCACCGCGCCAGAAAAGAACAAGUGGCCCGGCAGCUGCGGGGCAGAACUGAACUGUGUGCAGGGUCACCAGAGGCCGGACCUGGUCGGCGCCGCUCUCCUCAAGGCCAUGGUGCUGGCGGAGCUCUGGGCGAUCCGCAAGUGAGGGCAGCGGCUCCGCCCGGGAGCCCACUGCGAAAGAACUGGGCAGAUGCGACGUGGGGAAGAAAGGAUGCUGCCCGCACUGCUCCCCGGUAGCACCCAGAGCGGCCGCAGUUGCGGCAGAAGCAGCAGAAAGCACAGCGCGGGCCGAGGAGGCGGCUGGAGCUGCUGGUAAAGUCGCUCAGCAGCUCUUUCUCCGUCGUAUACGGGUUGACAAAACGGCCGAAGAACAGGGCUCCCCAUUAUAAUCUCCUUCGAGCUCUUUUUCCUUGCUACUCAGAGCUGAUUUAUGCGGAAACAUGCCUUGCACUUGUACCUGGAGGAACUGGAGACAGUGGAUUCGACCUUUAGCGGUGGUCAUCUACCUGGUGUCCAUAGUGGUUGCUGUUCCUCUGUGCGUGUGGGAAUUACAGAAACUGGAGGUUGGAAUCCACACCAAGGCUUGGUUUAUUGCUGGAAUCUUUUUGCUGUUGACUAUACCUAUAUCCCUCUGGGUGAUAUUGCAACAUUUAGUGCAUUAUACACAACCUGAACUACAGAAACCAAUAAUAAGGAUUCUUUGGAUGGUACCUAUUUACAGUUUAGAUAGUUGGAUAGCUUUGAAAUAUCCCAGCAUUGCAAUAUAUGUGGAUACCUGCAGAGAAUGUUAUGAAGCUUAUGUCAUUUACAACUUUAUGGUAUUCCUGACCAAUUAUCUAACUAACCGGUAUCCAAAUCUGGUAUUAAUCCUUGAAGCCAAAGAUCAGCAGAAACAUUUCCCUCCUUUAUGUUGCUGUCCACCAUGGACUAUGGGAGAAGUAUUGCUGUUUAGGUGCAAACUGGGUGUAUUGCAGUAUACGGUUGUCAGACCAUUCACCACCAUCGUUGCUUUAAUCUGUGAGCUGGCUGGUAUAUAUGAUGAAGGGAACUUUAGCUUUUCAAAUGCUUGGACUUACUUGGUUAUAAUAAACAAUAUGUCACAAUUGUUUGCCAUGUAUUGUCUUCUGCUAUUUUAUAAAGUACUGAAGGAAGAACUGAGUCCAAUCCAACCUGUUGGCAAAUUUCUUUGUGUAAAACUGGUGGUUUUUGUUUCUUUUUGGCAAGCAGUAGUUAUUGCUUUGUUGGUAAAAGUUGGCGUUAUUUCUGAAAAGCAUACAUGGGAAUGGCAGACUGUAGAAGCUGUGGCUACAGGACUCCAGGACUUUAUUAUCUGUAUUGAGAUGUUUCUUGCUGCUAUUGCUCAUCACUACACUUUCUCAUAUAAACCGUAUGUCCAAGAAGCAGAAGAGGGCUCGUGCUUUGAUUCCUUUCUUGCCAUGUGGGAUGUUUCAGAUAUUAGGGAUGAUAUUUCUGAACAAGUAAGGCAUGUUGGAAGGACAGUCAUGGGACAUCCUAGGAAAAAAUUUUUUCCUGAAGAUCAAGAUCAAAAUGAACAUACAAGCUUGUUAUCAUCAUCAUCACAAGAUGCAAUUUCCGUUGCCUCUUCUGUGCCACCUUCACCCAUGGGUCACUACCAAGGAUUUGGACACACUGUGACUCCCCAGACUACACCUACUACAGCUAAUAUAGCUGAUGAAAUAUGUAGUGAAACAACAGGAGAGAAAAGAGAACCUUCAGAUAAAUCUGUGGCCUCCUGAAUGGUGUGCAAAAGCAAACUGCACUACUACCAUGUUAUUUCAUUACCUGGUAUCCCACUGCUCAGGAUUUUGUGCUUGGGACAAGCCAUAAAUGAUGGAAAAUUUCAACACAAAGAUAGGCAGAAGCCGGGUACGACUACUGGAUUUAUAUAAGUUUUGUAUAUCACAAAUAAUCAGUCUAAAUAUCCUAGACUUAGACUUGAUUUCUUAACAUUUGAGCAUCAUGUACUUGAAUGGUAGAAAAUGACUACUAAACGUUCCUGAUAUUACAUUGCUUUAUCAAGAAGGUGGACAUAAAAAAAACUAAUGAUUCCUACCACUGCUGCAUGAAUAUAAUAAUCUGGAAUUAGCAGAAAGUAUAAUUCUGAAAUAUGAAUUAGUGGAACUUAAUCAUAAUCAUGUGCCAUAUAUGCUUAUCUAACAAUUAUUUCUCUAUUUCUCAACUGGAUGUCUUUCAAUAAAUAAGAAUUUAUCAUU